UUCAAUACCCUUCAAAACAUUCCUCUCUCCAUUACCCCUCCCUCGAGUCUCGACUCCAAUUCCCCGCCUGCAACUUCCUCUCUCUCUCUCUGUUUUCAAGAAAAUAAUGAAUUCCCUAAAAAAUCUCUCAGUAUUCUUUCUCUUGCUUUUAAUCUUUACUAACCCUAUCGUCUUAUCUUCUUCUUCAAAAACAAGAAGCACAAGUACAAAUAACAUUGACUAUUCAUUUUCGUUUUUUGAUGGUACCAUUGGUAAUUCCUUGAAUUCCAAGACAAAAAACCAAUCAAAAUCCACGGAGAGAAAAGCACCGACGUCAACCGGCUGUGAGGUGUGGACCAAAGCCUGCUCAGAGGCUGUUUUAGCACUGGCACGGCGGCCAGAUACGGUUACUUGGUUAAAGAUCGUGAGGAGGAAGAUUCACGAGAAUCCAGAGCUUGCUUUUGAAGAAGUCAAAACAAGUGAGUUAGUUAGAUAUGAGUUGGAUAAGAUGGGGAUUGAAUACAGGUAUCCUUUAGCCAAAACGGGUAUUCGGGCUUGGAUCGGCACCGGUGGGCCUCCUUUUGUGGCUGUUCGAGCUGAUAUGGAUGCCCUCCCAAUUCAGGAAGCUGUAGAAUGGGAGCAUAAAAGCAAGGUAGCCGGCAAAAUGCAUGCUUGUGGGCAUGAUGCUCAUGUCGCCAUGCUGGUGGGUGCUGCCAAGAUUUUGAAGAGCCGCGAACAUCUCUUGCAGGGAACUGUAAUACUGCUCUUUCAGCCAGCAGAGGAAGCUGGGAAUGGAGCAAAACGGAUGAUAGCAGAUGGGGCUCUCGAUGACGUGGAAGCUAUAUUUGCAGUUCAUGUAUCCCAUGAACAUCCCACUGCUAUCAUCGGUUCAAGGCCUGGUGCUUUGCUUGCUGGAUGUGGCUUCUUCAGAGCAGUGAUUAGUGGCAAAAAGGGCCGUGCUGGUAGCCCUCACCACUCUGUUGAUCCCAUUUUGGCUGCCUCUGCAGCUGUAAUCAGCUUACAGGGCAUUGUGUCUCGUGAAACAAAUCCCUUGGACUCUCAGGUAGUGUCUGUCACCACAAUGGACGGAGGCAAUAAUCUGGACAUGAUUCCAGAAACCGUUGUACUCGGUGGCACUUUCAGGGCAUACUCCAACACAAGUUUUUACCAGCUUCUUCAAAGAAUCAAAGAGGUGAUUGUUGAACAGGCUUCUGUUUUCAGAUGCUCAGCAACAGUAGACUUCUUUGAAAAGGAGUCCACGAUCUAUCCCCCAACAGUGAAUGAUGAUCAUAUGUACGAGCAUGUGAGAAAGGUGGCCACUGAUUUGUUGGGUCCAACAAACUUCAGGGUGGUACCCCCGAUGAUGGGUGCCGAGGACUUCUCGUUCUACACACAAGUGGUCCCUGCAGCUUUCUAUUACAUAGGCGUGAGGAACGAGACAUUGGGUUCAAUACACACAGGCCAUUCACCAUAUUUCAUGAUAGAUGAAGAUGUUCUCCCCAUAGGUGCUGCAACACAUGCAGCUAUUGCUGAAAGAUAUCUCAAUGAGCAUGGUUGAAAUGAAGUAAUAAGCCCUAGCUUAUGCAGCUAGGCAAUAAUUGAAUCUCUCAGAGCAAGAUAAUGCGGUAACUUGCCAUGCGAUUCCUGCUUUAUUAUUUGUGGCAUACAUGGGGUAGGGGAGGGGGGCGAUAGAAGGGAUUGAUUUCCCUUCGCCAGUGUAAAGGAUCAAGGGAGAAUCCAUACUCAUGGAUGAGGUUGUAAGCAGUAACUCUGUUUGAACUCUUUCAAGCUAUAGUUAAUUCGCUUUUAGUUCUGUUCAAAGCAUUGGUAUUACAGGUAUCUUUUUUCGCUUACAAAAAAUUAUUAUAUAAUUUAAGCAGAAAAUUAUUCAUAAUUU